AUGGCCAAUAGAUAUAGUGAUAAUAGAGUUGACCAUUUGACGGUUAAAUCAGUUGAUAAUAACAAUACUAACAGUGAUAAUAUACAGUCCUCUACCACUCAAUAUCAUCCUAACAUUUCCAAACCUCAUGGGUAUUAUUAUGCUGUUGAUCAUGGUACAAAACAUGGAUCCACAUAUCAUAUGAACGUUGUCAAUGAAAACUGUGUGUACGAACCUACUGGAUAUUCUAAAAAGAUAUUGGAUUUUAAAACUGAACCGUGUAAUAGUGAAUUAAUAUCUACACAGGAGAUAGCAGAUUAUGAUAGGUCAACUUAUCUUCGACCUGAAUAUCUAGACUUGGUGAAAUUACCUAAAUCAGAUAGUUCAUCUCAAAGUGAAUCUAAUAAUUCUUCUGAGGAUGAACAUACUAGAAUUAACUAUGAGCCUAGUGUUGACAGUCAGUAUGUUAGAGGACAAGAUAAAUUGGCUUCUGGUAUUGUAAUUGGGAGUUCACCAGAAAAACUGAUUUAUGACUAUUCCAGCUUAGACUUUGGAGUAGAGGAUCCAAUAUGGAGUAUUGAUAGUGAAAGGAGGUAUAAAACCAGUGGAUAUUUAGAACCUAUCAGUGAAAGAUUAUCUAGUAGCUAUAACUCAUCUAGAAGUUUCUCCCCUCGAUGUGACAGUGAUUUUAGACAAGAUGACAGUGUUGUUAAUGAGAAAACCAAACCUUACAUUGAUAUGACCAAUAGAGUUAGGGAAAGUGCUGGUACUCCAAGUAGUUUUAAUGUGUUUGACAAUAACAAAUCUCGAAUCAUCAGUCCCAAUUCUAGACAAAGCAGUUUUACAAAAUCUCAGCCAAGUUCUCCAAUGGUUUAUAAAAUGCCACCAAGAGCUUUUUCAGCAAGAGAUUCUAUUACCAGUGACAGAUCUUCCAGACUUGAUCCACAUACCUACCAAUCUUAUGCUGCUGGUAUUCUGUAUUCUACAGGAAAAUCAGAACAGUUCCUCAAAUUACAAAAACAUUUUGCUGUACUAGAACGAAUAUCUGACAUUGAAGUAAAAACAAAGGAUCCUAAAUUUGGUACUUUACCCAGAACAAGAUUUAAAACAUCCAUAACAGACAGUGUCGAUUCUCAAUAUGAUUAUGAUAAAGAUGAUGAAUUGGGGUAUCUCUAUGCUGAACUAGAAGAAGCCCAGAAGAAGAGAGAAUUCCUCUACAGUGUAUCAGAUAAAAAUUCUGUUCCUUGGACACCAGAUAAAGAUACUGGAUUGCUGAAAAAGGAAAAGUCAUUGGGUGAUUUAAGAUCAUCAUAUUUAAACCAAGAUUCUAAUUACUGUCCUAAACCUGCCUUUACACUUGAAACAGAAGAUGAAUUCAGAAGAGAACAAGAGUUCCUAGAUCUGUAUGAUAAAUAUAAGUAUCCCGACCUGGUAGAAGAAGAUCUCAGUUCUAGUUUAAGCUUACCUUACCAGGAUUUUAAGAACAAUCAUUCUAAUAAUCGCUACUUAUAUAAUGACCCUGUUACAGCUGACGACGAUGUGGCCAAUAUGGACUCUGUUAAAAAGUUAUCAAAAUCAGAGCCUAAUAUAAACAAAAUUCCUCUCCAUCAUGUGAAUUCUUUAAUAAAAGAAACUCAUAAACCUACAAGUGAAAAUCUCAAGAACAGUGAUUCACCAAAGCAAUCAAAUUUUGGUAUUACUAAAAAUGCUAGUAGUUUUGUCAAAGCUGAACCAAAUCAGCUGUUUGAUAUAAAAGCUCCAGAAACUUUUUCAAAGCCUCCAGUAGAUGAACCCAAACUUAAACCAUUAACAUACACAGGAUCUAGAAUAAACUGGAGUCAUAUGGAAGCAAAUCCCUUGUUUUCUGAAGAGAAAACCCAUCCAGAUACUAAUGAUUUUGCUGACACUUUUGCAAAAACUACUUAUGUUGAAGAAAGUCCAUCCAAAAAUAUUGCAAGAUCUGAAGUUUCAAACACUAAAACUGAACCCAGCGUAUUUGUGGUCAAAGAUUUGAGAAGUUUGGCAGAGAAUAAUGAGUUUUCUUUAAGCAAAUUUGCACAAAUGAAGAGAUCUAAAAGCUGCCAGGAGAUGAAACCAAUUGACAAAAUAGUAAGAAAACAUAAAGCUCCUGUACCAUUACCAGCAUCACAAGUUAAUAAAGAAAGACCACCCAAUCCGGUAUCUUCUCAUAACCUUCAAAUUUCAGAUCCAGACUAUAUCUUUAAGUACAGAGAUAUGGGUAAUGCUGGAGCUAGCCAAGAGAGGGUCACAGAAAUAAAGAAGUUGGCAUUCCCAGAAAAAUUAGAAUUAAUGCAAAAGCUAAAUGAUGAAAAAAAUAGAGAAUUGGAGAAAUCGAUUUUGGUAUCAUCAGCAUCUGUUGCACAUUUGGCAUCAGCAACACAUAUGGAGUCUGCUGAGAGCACCUCACCAUGGGAAGAGACAACGAAUGAUAAUGAAAGAUACACAACCCAUUCACUACCAAACCGUAAAAGACAAGUAUCUGGUAAUUCCAUAUUUCAUAAACAAGCACCAAGACCAUUUAAAGCUGCUAAUAAUGAUGAUAUAUCAGAACACCCACCAGCUUACUCAUCUAUCAUGACUCCUCGAGCAAAAUCACCCCUAAUAACAUCACCAGCUUUAUCCAAUCAAGAACCCUUUGCUUCCUUACCUAAUCACAACACCACCCAUACAAACAAUACUAAUCCUACAGGUACUUUAAGAAGAUGGCAGCCUCAAAAUUUAGCUGACUUAAAUAGUUCGAUUUCAUCAAACUUUGUCAACAGUAGCACAGAGACCUUUAUUGUGAAUAGUGAUGAAGACUUGUCAGCAAGUCAAACAAGUUCCCUUGUCAGUAAGAGGAGAGAUAAUUAUCAAACCAAUUCAUCUCUUGAGAAAUCUAGAUCAGAACCAGAUUUAGUUAUAACGGAUUAUGGUCCAAAUCGCCCUAGAUCAGCAAAAUCACAAGUUAACGUGAACCAAGAAGACAAGAAACCAAAUUGGAGAAGAACAAUUGGUGUUGAAUAUGUUAAUGAACCAAUAGAAGCACAUCUACCACGAACAAUAUCAGGUGAUUUUGAAGAUGUUCGCAAGAAAUGGAAUGACGGAAAAUGGAAUUCUUUUGGUCGAUCUCAAUCCUCUGAAAGUCCUACAAGCCUAGAUAAUUAUAAUACUAAUGAAUCGGCAGAUGUGGAAACAGAAAAUUUAAGGAAUUCCAGGUAUAUUCCAUCAAAUAAUAGAGAUCUAUAUGAAGAUACCAAAAAGAGUAUGAUCAUUAAAACACCAUCCAAGUAUAAUUAUGAACCAUACUUACCACCAAGUGAUAUAGUCAAUGAAGUCACAAAAGUCACAGAAGGACGGAAAUUGAUGCAGCCCAAACCUAAAAACAGAACUCCAUCUUCAGUUAGUCGCUUAACCUUAGAAUAUUUUGAUCAGCUUGGUGGGGAGUGGAAAUAUGGAAAUAAACGUUCUUUAAAUUCGAACAAUGAGCCAUCUAAUGUUAAAAACCUCAAUCCAAUAUCCUUAGUAAAACCAAAUACAAAUGAAAUAUAUAGCCAAAGUCACACAGUACCAAUUGUCUCUAGUUAUGUUAAUGAUACAAGCCAAUCUCCGAAUGGAUUUCAUGAUUCUCACUCUCAGUACAAUUCACUUCCAAAUACUAGAAGAUAUGAGGAGAGAGAAAAGCCAGUACCCACUAGGAGAAGUGGUAAGCCAAUACCCAAUCACCAGUAUGUUAAUGGUAAUAUCACUGAUCAGGAUAAAUUGCUUCAUACAAGUGCCAACAUGCCCAAACCAAUACUUCGAAACUCAAAUAAGAAUCAUAUUGAUAAUCAAGAGAUGAAUGGUAGUUCAUCUAAUAAAAUUCCGUUAUCAUCUCCUAAAACAGCUAUAUCUUCUCCAAAACUUGUCUCAAGAACAGCUUCAUCUUCUAGAAUUCCUCCACCACCAACUCGCAAAGUUCCACCAGCACCACGUUCAACUACUUCUUCUCAUGCAUCAUCUAGAUCUGAUCAUCAGUAUCAUCAUCAUAGUCACCAUCAAGCUACUAACUUACCGACUGCUAAUAAUACAGGUACUAAUAAUUAUUUUACUAUCACACAUCAUACAGUUCAAUAUACAAUGCUUUAA